UCGAACCGUUGAGACCUUGCCGGAAGUGAUGCUAGAUGCUAAAUGUUAGCUGGCAUAUAUUAGAGAUAUCAUAUUGUCAUCUGUCAGCUGAGAGAGAGAGCGGCAGAGAGCGAGCGAGAGAGGGGAGGGAGGGAGGACCAGGUUGUUCUGCCGGCUUCCUCUCCGUAGCUUCAUUCCUCGCCUCCUUCAGGCCGAGACGAGCAGCGGCACCGGGAGGAAUUUAAACUGAGGAUAACACACUUCCUGAGGAUUGGACAGCAGAAAAGAAGAGGAGGGUGAGGACCAGUUGCCUGCACAGAGAUCAGUCGGACACGUUUGGAGGCUUGUUAUUUUUCAGAUUUUUUUUUCUUCUUUUGCACCUGUGCAUGUGCUCGCCCUUGUGGGGCUGAAGACGCGUGAGAGUGACACGGACACGCUGCCACAGACAACCAUGCUCAUCGGUACAUCGGGACAGGCGGGGCCUCUCCUCGCCUCGCUGCCCAUAGGGGGCCGGCAGCUGCAACCUCAGCUGGACCUCAAACACCUCCUGCCAUUCCGACUCAACGGCUCCUCCCCUCUCAGCCUCUUCCCCAACUUCAGCACGAUGGACCCUGUCCAGAAGGCAGUGAUCAACCACACUUUUGGUGUCCCUCAGCCCCUCAAGAAGAAGCAGAUUAUCUCCUGCAACAUUUGCCACUUGCGCUUUAACUCCACGAACCAGGCAGAGGCGCACUAUAAGGGCCACAAGCACGCGCGCAAGCUCAAAGCCAUCGAGGCCCAGAAGAACAGGCAAAGACGAGGCGGGGAGGCUUCAUCCGGCGGGAGGGAGAGAAACAGAAACAGAGAGCGCAACAGGACCAAGACAACUGAGAUUGCACUGCCCGUCGUUGUGGACUCAAGCUUAGAGGAAGGAACAAGUCUUCAGUCGGAUCACGACGCCGCCACCUCGGACGUGAAGACGGCGGACAGUCCCAGGAGCUCGGCCAUGCUGACGCCGGUGUCGGACGUCUCCGGGACCGAGCUGGUCACCUUCUCCCCUCCUCAGAUCUCAGAGACGGCCUCCGACACCAGCGGCCUCGAGGCGCCGGAUGCAGUCGAGUCGGGCAACCAGCCCAACGCGUCCGGCGCCAGCGGGGAGGCGCAAACGGACGAGGACGGCAAGAAAAGCAAAGCUCACCUCCACUGUCCCGUCUGCAAGGUGACGGUUAACUCCACCAACCAGAUGGAAGCACAUAACAGCGGUACCAAGCACAAGCUGAUGCUGGAUGGUCAAAGCGUCAUGCCGCGGCGCCGCAGCAAGAUGGGAGGCGGUCGGGGCAGCUGCAAGAGCAGGAGGCUGGGCAGCAAAGGCAGCGUGGGCGUGUCCAGCAAGAACUUCCAGUGCGAAGUGUGCGACAUCUUCGUCAACUCUGAGUCACAACUGAGCCAGCACAUGAAUAGCAGACGGCACAAGGACAGGUUGGCGGGAAAACCCCCCAAGCCAAAGUUCACCCCCCACAGCAAGAGCCAGCACAGCUCCAGCAUAGCGAGCAUGAGAUGGAGUGGCUGUGCAGGCGUGGCCGUGUCGGCCAUGAGGAAAGCCUUCAGCCACUACAGCCUCACCUCCAUCUCCUCGCAGACCAAACUGGCCUUGCACAAGCAGCUGACCAAGACCUUGACCACGGGCUUCCUGCCCGGCCCCCUCACGCCGCCGACCCUGUGCACGAUGGCCGCUAACCCGCUGGCGCUGCGCCACCCAAUGGGCGCCGCCGCCUUCAUACAGACACCCUUCCUGGGGCCCGCACUGUUCCGGCCCGUGCCGGGGCCUCUGCGGGCCGCGCACGCACCAUUCAUCUUCUCCCCCUACUAAACCCAUGUGACCACCCUCCCCCCUCCCUCCCCCCCAUCACUCUCCCCUUCUUACCGAGCCCACCCCCUCCUGACAAAGGUCACACUCAAAACUAUGCAGUCUGCCUGACUUGAGACGGACAGCGCCCCCCACCUGUCACGCCUUCUUCCUGCUGCGGCGGUCGCCGGCGAAGGAGCAGGCCGCGCCUCCAAGAGCCGCAUUUAUAGCCAUUCAUCGGGGGCCGCGGGGGGUUACAUGCUCGGGAUCGUACGUUUAGUCUCGCUGGACGUUUCGUGCUGUUGACACAAGUCAAGCUCCCUUUACUUGAUGCCCUUUUCAAGCCUUUUCAACAUUUUCCUGUCGCGUCCAUUCUGCCCCAGUCUACCUUUAACACACAAACACUGACACACAACCACACACAAGGAAACACAACAACACACAAGGACACACAACAACACACAAGGACACAUUUCCUCACUUCUGGGUGAAAGGCGGGUGUCCUAAAAGGAAGCUGCGCCUGUCAGUCAUCACCCAGGGCUCUGGUUGAUCGUCAAUAAUCAUUCAUGUGUUUCAUGUUGGAUUGAUGGGAGCCUGUUUUCACCACUAAUACUAAAAUACUCCAAUGGGAAGUCAGAAUUAUGAGAUAAAAAGUCAUAAUCAUGAGUUAAAAAGUCAAAAUUAAACGUAAUAAACCCGACAUUAGGGUAUAAAAAGUACUAAUUAGAAGAUAAAAAGUCAUAAUUAUGAGAGAAAAGUCGAAAAUUAUGAUUAAAAAAAAGUCGGAAUUAUGAAAAAGUUGAAAUUAUGAGAUAAAAAGUCAUAAUUAAGAGAUCCAUCCAUCCAUCCAUCUUAUUCCGCUUAUCCGGAGUCAGGUCGCGGGGGCAGCAGCCUAAGAAGAGAAGCCCAGACUUCCCUCUGCCCAGCUACUUGGUCCAGCCCCACCCAGGGGAUCCAGAGGAAUUAAGAGAUAAAAAUCGAAAUUAUGAGAUAAAAAAACAAAAUUAUGUAAUGACAAAGAAAGUCAUAGUUAUGAGAUAAAAGUAAUUAUCAUGAGAUAAAAUGUCGAAAUUAUGAGAUAAAAAGUCGAAAAAAUGUAUUACCAAAAGUCGAAAUUAUAAGAUUUUAAAAAGUCAUAAUUAUGAGAUAAAAGUCAUUGUCAUGGAUAAAAAGUCGAAAUUAUAAGAUUUUAAAAAGUCAUAAUUAUGAGAUAAAAGUCAUUGUCAUGAGAUAAAAAGUCGAAAUUAUGAGAUAAAGUCAUAAUUAUGAGAUAAAAAAAAGUCGAAACUAUGAGAUGAGAAAGUCAUAAUUAAGAAAUAGAACGUCAUAAUUAUGAGAUAGAAAGUCGAAAUUAUGAGGUAAAGUCAUAAUUAUGAGAUAAAAAGUAAAAAUUUUGAAAUGAUAAAGUCAUAAUUAAGAGAUAGAACGUCAUAAUUAUGAGAUAGGAAAGUCAUUAUCAUGAUGUAUAAAGUCAAAAUUAUGUAUUAACAAAAAUCGAGAUUUUAAAAUUUAAAAAAGUCAAAAUUAUGAGACAAAGUCAUAAUUAUGAGAGAAAAGUCGAAAAUUAUGAUUAAAAAAGUCGGAAUUAUGAAAAAGUUGAAAUUAUGAGAUAAAAAGUCAUAAUUAAGAGAUCCAUCCAUCCAUCCAUCUUAUUCCGCUUAUCCGGAGUCAGGUCGCGGGGGCAGCAGCCUAAGAAGAGAAGCCCAGACUUCCCUCUCCCCAGCUACUUGGUCCAGCCCCACCCGGGGGAUCCAGAGAAAUGAAGAGAUAAAAAUCGAAAUUAUGAGAUAAAAAAACAAAAUUAUGUAAUGACAAAAGUCGAAAUUAUAAUAAGAAAGUCAUAGUUAUGAGAUAAAAGUAAUUAUCAUGAGAUAAAAUGUCGAAAUUAUGAGAUAAAAAGUCGAAAAAAUGUAUAACCAAAAGUCGAAAUUAUAAGGUUUAAAAAAGUCAUAAUUAUGAGAUAAAAGUCAUUGUCAUGAGAUAAAAAGUCCAAAUUAUGAGAUAAAAAGUCGAAACUAUGAUAUGAGAAAGUCAUAAUUAAGAAAUAGAACGUCAUAAUUAUGAGAUAAAAGUCAUUAUGAGAUAGAGAGUCGAAAUUAUGAGGUAAAGUCAUAAUUAUGAGAUAAAAAGUAAAAAUGUUGAAAUGAUAAAGUCAUAAUUAAGAGAUAGAACGUCAUAAUUAUGAGAUAGGAAAGUCAUUAUCAUAAUGUAAAAAGUCAAAAUUAUGUAUUAAAAUAAAAUCGAGAUUAUAAAAUUUAAAAAAGUCAAAAUUAUGAGAUAAAGUCAUAAUUAUGAGAUAAAAAGUCGAAAUUAUGAAAUGAGAAAGUCAGAAUUAAGAGAUAGAACGUAAAAAUUAUGAUGUAUAAAGUCAAAAUUAUGUAAUAACAAAAAUCGAGAUUAUAAGAUUUAAAAAAGUCAUAAUUAUGAGAUAAAAAAAAGAAUAAUUACCAUAUGAAAGUCAUCAUGAGAUAAAAAGUUUAAAUUAUGAGAUAAAGUCAUAAUUAUGAAAUACAAUUAAUUAUCAUGAUACAAAAAGUUGAAAUUACGAGAUCAGAAAGUUUAAAUUAUGAGAUAAAAUGUCAAAAUUAUGAGAUAACAAAGUUUAAAUAAUGAGAUAAAAAGUCAUGAUUAUGAGAUAAAAAGUCUAAAUUAUGAGAUAAGAAAUGUAAAUUAUGAGAUAAAAAGUCCUAAUUAUGAGAUAAAGUCCUAAUUAUGAGAUAAAAACUCAAAAUUAUGAGAUAAAGUCAUAAUUAUGAGAUGAGAAAGUCAUAAUUAUGAUAUAGAACGUCAAAAUGAUCAGAUAUAAAUUGCAUAACUGUACUGCACUCUCAUGAUUUUAACUUUUUAUCUCAUAAAUAUAAUUUACUAUUUGGGUGGCGACUUGUCCAGGGUGUACCCCGCCUUCCGCCCGAUUGUAGCUGAGAUAGGCUCCAGCGCCCCCCGCGACCCCAAAGGGAAUAUGCGGUAGAAAAUGGAUGGAUGGAUGGAUAUUUUCUUUUUUUUAGUGGCAAAAAGGGGCUUCUAAAAAUGUGCUUGUAUUUGAUGAGAAUAAGUGAAAAGUCCCGGGAACCCUGCAGUAACAAUGUUUGGGUCCAGGUGGUGGGAGGAGCCUAAUCGCUGCUGGACUGACAGCUGGAUGCGUGGCAGAGAACAAAUCACAGCGCCAUGGCAACCACAUUUCUUGUUUAAAGAGCACCCCUGACAUCGCUCAGAAAAAAGCCAUACUUCUUGUUUUUGUGCAUGUUUUAUGAACGCAACGAAAAGAUUCCAUGACAUUUAAAGCAAUACACACACACCUGAGGCCUCACCUUGCUUCACUCACAACCUCUUAGUUUAGGCUCCGCCCCUUGUCCUGGGUGUCAAACCAGACUGUUAGUAAGAACUUCACCAAAAAAAAAAAAUCUUCAAAGGAGCACAUCCUAGGCAUUUUCUCUCAUUGUGCAAUAUGUAAAGGUGUGUGUGUGUGUGUGUGUGUGUGUGUGUGUGUGUGUGUGUGUGUGUGUGUGUGUGUGUGUGUCGUAAAGCGCUCAGUCCUCGUGCUACGUUCAGCCCGCCAUGAUCUCCCGCCUGUCCGUCAAAGCAGCCGACCUCACUGUUGGUUUUAUGGAGCGUUCCCAGUUCAAUGUUGAAACCUAUAGAAGAACUAUUAGAACUUUUAUUAUUAUAGCCCAUAGAUCUGUGUGACAAACACCAGGUUGUCCUUUAUUGAGCUGUCCUUUUUGUAAGAGAACAUAUUUAACAGUACGGUGUAUGAUUUAAGGCCUUUUGAGGGAUGAAAAAAAAAAAAGCAAAGAAAGUACGACAUCCCAUUAGGCAGGCCUUCUCAGGGGUGACCAGGUUGAGCCAACGCUAACGCCGCCAUCCACAUUUCAGGGUACCGCUCGUUAAAGACGACCGUACCGCCGUCAGCACAGCCGCGGAUG